CUGACUUUAGGGGAGAUGGAACCAUUCCACCAUUAAAUUAGUGAUGGAUGCACUCAUUUUACUAUUAGAUUAAGGCGCUUCUUUUUCGGCACCAGGCGUGGGUCAACUGGCCGACCAGGAAAUGGAAUCCCCUAAAGACAAAAUCCACGUUCUGUAAUGGCUUCCCCCAUCCGUACAGGACAGAACACAGCCAAUUUACCAUCUCUUCCUCCGCAAUUGCCGUCGUCUUUGCACUGCCGACGGAAUUCUCAUCAACACUUUUCAUGAUCUGGAGAGCGGCAGCAUUCGAGCUCUGAUGGAAAGGAAGCACGAGCUUCUCCCUAAAGGGGUCGAGAAAAGGCCUGAGAUUUAUCCAAUAGGCCCGCUGAUCCGAUCCCCGGAUGCAGUGCAUGGCAAGAGCGGUGCCUGGAGUGGUUGGAAGGACAACCGGACGCAUCAGUCAUAUAUGUGUCGUUCGGGAGCAUGAACUGGUUUCUAUCGCCGGAUCAGACAAGGGAACUGGCGUUGGGGUUAGAGGCCAGCGGGUACCGAUUUUUUGUGGGUGCUCAGAAGUGACAAGGACGUUUCCGCGUUGCUUCCGCCCGGGUUUGAAAUGCGGACUCGGGAUCGUGGGGUUGUGUGGACUUGGUGGGCACCGCAGAUACCCAUUUUAUCUCACCCAGCGACAGCGGGGUUCGUGAGCCACUGUGGGUGGAAUUCUACGCUGGAAAGUGUCACGAGUGGAGUCCCGAUUGUUGCGUGGCCGGUUCGUGCAGAGCAGAAGACAAACGCUUUCUUUCUGGUGAAGGAGAUAGGGUUGGGCAUUGAACCAGAGUGGGGGCCCAAUUGGUCGGUGGGUAAAGAUGAGGUGGAGAGAGCGGUGAGGGAGUUGAUGGAAGGAGAGGAAGGAAGGAAGGUGAGGAUGAGGGCGGUAGAGUUGAAAGAAAGUGUGAAGAAAGCAGUGGCGGCGGGAGGAAGUUCCAUGAAUGUUCUCGCAGCUGUGGCUGCUGAGUGGAAGGAGAGGGCCUCAUAAUUUACUCGCUUUCUGAACUAGGCAGAAUAUAGAGGUGCAGGUGUGGCUGAUCGAAAUUUAAUCUAAUUGGAAAUGCUGUUCGACUAGGUGUGGCUAAGGCGCUAUGGUAGUAGAUGACUUUGAGUUUGCUUAUAAUGUGAGGUGUGGACUCCAUUAUCCAAAGAUAGUUGCUUGCUUGUGUUU